UGGGUGUUGACAUACGCACGUUCAUCGAAGACAAAGGAAGAUUUGGCUUUUCUGCUAUCUCCAAGGAUUUCUGAAGAGAUUUAGAACGAUUACUCCAGUGCUGGUGGGCAUAGGAUGUAAAACAGACUCCUGAUCUUUUGAGACAAUGUGUAAUCAGAUGCCCCACUGUUGUAGGAGCCUAUCAAUGUCAGAAUCACCAGCUCUCCCAGACAGCCAGCUGGAAUCACCCGCUGCCAAGAUGAUGUUAGACGGCUCUCCUUAGGAAACCUUGAAAUUACCACCCAGGCUAAAAAUAGUGGACUCGGUGCAUGCUUUCAAAUAUCAGACGUCUAAACUGCUGGCUUUUGUGCACUUAUUUAACAGAUCAUUCUGGUUUCCUCUGAAGGCCCUGAUCACAGAAUGUUCUAAUGCAGCUGACCAGUGUCCAGAUGACCUCUUUGCAGACGUCUUCUGUUCCAGCUCUCACAUCCAAGCUGAUUAAUGGAGAUUGAGCUGCUCCCUAAUUAGAGUCUUGGUUCACUUCCAGAUUUCCUGGUUUGAGAUCCUGAAGAGCGACACACAUUUACAAGAAACACCAAGCUUCAGUGCAGCCAGUGAGGCACGAUGUUUAAGUCCAUCUUGCUUAUUCUCAUCCUGGAUUUUGGAAAUCCACCUUCAGUUGAAGCCUUUGUGAGACUCAUGAAUGGUGAUAACUCUUGUUCUGGACGAGUUGAGUUUUAUCAUGAUGGUCAGUGGGGAACAGUGUGUGAUUCUGGCUGGGAUCUGACAGAUGCUGCAGUGGUGUGUAGAGAUUUAGGCUGUGGGAAUGUGAUUAGGGCAACGACUAAUGCUUAUUUUGGAGUAGGAUCAGGACGACUAUCAAUGUAUUAUGUAGGGUGUUCUGGUUAUGAGACUUCGCUGAUGAACUGUUGGUAUAGUGGAUUGGGAUUGGAUUACUGUACAAAUUCUCAAGGUGCUGGAGUCAUUUGUGAAGAAUUAGCCUCUAAAAAGGUUGAUAUAAGGUUGGUAAACGGCCGUGACUUAUGUUCUGGAAGAGUUGAGGUUUUCUAUAAUGAAACAUGGGGAACAGUGAGUGAUGAUGGCUGGGAUCUGUCAGACGCUGCAGUGGUGUGUAGAAGACUGAACUGUGGGAUUGUGAUUGAGGCAAAGAGCGCUGCUUAUUUCGGACAAGGAACAGGACCAGUAUGGUUGAACGCAGUGCAGUGCAAUGGAACCGAGGACUCGUUGGUGAACUGUACAUCUACAAAAUGGGGAAUACAGAGCGGUAACCAUUCAAAAGAUGCCGGAGUCAUCUGUAACAAUGUGAAGCUGGUGAGCGGCUCCAGUGCGUGUGAAGGCAAUGUUCAGAUUCUGCAUGGAAAUCUCUGGGGCUCAGUGUGUUCCUCCGGCUGGGAUAAGGACGACGCUUUAGUCGUGUGUCAACAGCUGAACUGUGGUGAUACUGGACAGCUGUUAACAUCACCUCUUUAUGCUUAUGAUUACGAUCAUGUAUGGAUGAAUUAUGUGGCCUGUACAGGAGACGAGUUGUCGCUGCAAAACUGCCCUUUUCCCGGAUGGGCUGCCAGCUACUGUGGGACUGGCCUUACUGCAGGAGUGCUUUGCCAAAAAACUGUGGAACAAGUUGUGGUGAGGAUUGCGCUGAAUGUCAAGAACGGAGUGGAUCUCAAUGAUCCACAGAUUAAACAGAAGCUUCUGGAGAAGAUAAGGAAUGGAACUCAAAGUAAAGGAGUAUUUAGUGUGAACUGGAAAACCCAACCUGAUGAACGCGUGUUUGAACGAUCCACAGGUCUGUCAUCUAAUGGGCGGAGCCAAGAAGAUUCCAUAUUCAAAUCAAAUCACCUGGAGAUCUCCUUCACUGGAUAUCACGCCAUCACAAAGACAACAACUCUUCUGAAAGGACAGACAUUAACAGGCACCAUGUUAAAGUCCGUCUUGCUCAUUCUCAUUAUGGAUUUCAUAAAUGACCCUCCAGUGGAGGCAUCUCUGAGACUGAUGAAUGGUGGUAACUCUUGCUCUGGACGAGUGGAGGUUUUCCAUAAUGGCGCGUGGGGAACGGUGUGUGAUGAUUUUUGGAAUCUGUCAGAUGCUGCGGUUGUGUGUAGAGAGAUCGGAUGUGGGAAUGCGACUGAGGCAAAGACAGUUGCUUAUUUUGGUCAAGGAACUGGAUCAAUAUGGAUGGAUGAUGUGUUUUGCAUUGGCAAUGAGUCCUCUCUGGUAGACUGUAAGAGAAGUGCAUGGGGAAUACAUAACUGUGUGCAUGGCGAAGAUGCUGGAGUCAUUUGUGAAGGCCCUAUUAGGUUGGUAAACGGUCGUGAUUCUUGUUCUGGACGAGUUGAGUGGAUCUAUAAUAAAACAUGGGGAACAGUGAGUGAUGAUAGCUGGGAUCUGUCAGAUGCUGCAGUGGUGUGUAGAGAACUGGACUGUGGGAAUGUGAUUGAGGCAAAGAGCGCUGCUUAUUUUGGACAAGGAACAGGACCGGUGUGGUUGGCCACAGUGCAAUGCAAUGGGACUGAGGACUCGUUGAUGAACUGUACAUCUACAAAAUGGGGAAUACAGAGCGGUGACCAUUCAAAAGAUGCCGGAGUCAUCUGUAACAAUGUGAAGCUGGUGAGCGGCUCCAGUGCGUGUGAAGGCAGAUUUCAGAUUCUGCACAAUGAUAGCUGGGGCUCGGUGUGUUCCUCGGGCUGGGACGAAGAAGAUGCUUCAGUAUUGUGUCAACAGCUGGGUUGUGAUGACACUGGACAGCCGAAGACAUUCGUGAGUCGUUCAGUGGAGAAUAUCUGGAUGAAAAAUGUGGCCUGUACAGGAGACGAGGUGUCACUGCAAACCUGUCCUUCUGCUGGAUGGGGUACGAGCUGUUUGACUGGACUUUCUGCAGGAGUGCUUUGCCAAAAAACUACAAAACAAGUUGUGGUGAGCUUUGUGUUGAACAUCAACAAUGGACUGGAUGUCAAUGAUCCACAGAUUAAGCAGAAAUAUCUGGACAAGAUAAGGAAUGUAGUUGAAGGUAAAGGAGUAAAUAGUGUGAACUGGAGAACACAAACUGAUGAUCAGGUGUUUCACGAACAGAAAACAUCCACAGGUCUUUUAUGAAUAAAGGAGGAGUCAAAAAUACAAACUAACUGUUCAUAAUGUUUAAUUCUAAUGUUCAUCUACUAUUACAAUCUGUACAGAAUAACUGAAGAGAAAUACAGCAGAAGAAUCUUCCUAUUUACUCACAUUUUAAGGAAUUUUCCAAUGCCAAUUGUAUAUUGGUUAAGGAAAUGUGUAUAUAAUGUUAUGUUGAUUCCCUGGUUUCAUGAAGAGAAAGAAAAAUAAGAAAAAUCAAGUCGAUUUUCAAUGUACUUAUCUACAAUAAUUGUAUUUCCACCAAAAGGGACUUUCUGUGCUAUUUGAAUAAUUGACUGUACUCCUGAUAAAUUGACUAAAGGAUAAAUUAUGUAACGAGAUGUAACACCAUAUUAACCAUAGGCUUCAAACUCAAUUCCUGGAGGGCCGCAGCUUUGCACAGUUUUGCUCCAACCCUAAUCAAACACAGCUGAUCCACCUAAUCAAGGUGUUCAAGACUACUAUGCUGUGUCAGAGUACGCUAAAAAGUAGUAUGUCCAAAUUGAUAGAAUUCGAAAAACAGAAUGAGAGAAAUACCCAGAUGACCUACUACGUCCAGCCAGAUUCUGCAGUGUGCAUCUGAUGCAGCAACCCAACUCAUGCGGGUAGGUCACGUGAUCAUGACAGAACGGUGGAUGUAGUAUGUCCAAGUUCUAAUCAUACUACUCACAUUAAUACUGUAUAGAACCUACUUUUCUAAUGGCCGAGUAGUACAUUUAAAUUCAAAUGCAGUACCUACUUAGUAGUAGGCAAUUUUGAACGCAGCCCUUGAGACUAUUAAGCAGGUGUGAGUUGGAGGUGAUUGGACCUAAACUAUGCAGAGCUGUGGCCUUCCAGGAAUUGAGUUUAAGACCCCUGGUAUAACGGUUAAGCAAAUUUUCUGACUUUUUAAGAGGUUAUGUUUUAUACAUAGUUCAAAAAUCUAUAGUAUCA